UAACGCGACGGUCUGGAGUUUUGAGACUCUGAUCGCGGGUUCAAACCCACCCGUGGUAUUGUUUGUGAGUGCUUCUUGAUCUUCUGGAGGCGGAGCUAAUGUGGUGGGCUCAGUAGUGCAAGUAGGCAUGGGUGCAUCAAGGCUGGUGUUGGGUGACGUGCUGGGUUUAGGACUGCAGGUGCUGGACUUCCGCAUGAGUUAUAUGCCCACCUCUGUUCCAUACGUACCCUUUCCUGCGCUGUCACCGACACAUCAACCAUCCACGAUAAGCAUUGCUGGAGGUGUUCCAUCAUCCAACUCAGCAAUCAUGACUUCAAUGGAAAUUGGAGAUGAUCCUGUUGCAAUGGCUGUCAUGGAAAACGCAAUGGGCCGAAUGCCUGCAAAGAAACCCAGAGUGACAGUUCGAUGUGAAGUUUGCAAUCUGGAAUUCUCUUCACAGACAGUUCUAGAUUCCCAUACAGCUGGCUCAAAACAUCAGCGAAAGUAAGUUAAAUCAAAGGAUUUAUUGAAGACUUUGGAAGAAACAGAGAAAGGGUUUGAGCGUGAUGAAGUCAGUGGGGUUAUCAGAUGCAUUGUGUGUGAUGUAACGGUCAAUUCACCUCAGUUAUUAGCCACACACAUUGCAGGAAACAAGCACAAGCAGCGUGCAGCAAAACAUGCCAAUCAAGGGUCCACCAACGACCCUCCGCCAAAGAGACUGCGCACGACAGCACCUGGGGUCACAGGCCAGGAUGCUACCACGGGCUGUUCCAAUGGUGGGCCUCGUAACACUGGAUCUAGCUCCAACAUGGAGAUACCAGAGUGUGUCACCAAAUUAGAGGAUACAAAAGGAGGUGGAAAAUAUCUGUGCAACCCUUGCCAGGCUCACUGUAAUUCAGAGCCACAGUUAGCUCAGCAUUUAUCGUCGAAGAAGCAUUUGGAUAAAGUAAGUGGACGCAAACCACAAGGAGGUGGGUGGAGGGGAAGACGACGUCCUUCGUUCCGUGGCGGACGAGUUGGCCAACCGAGGACAACCACCUACACUCAACCCCUGUCAUCCAACUUUGUUGCAGGUGGUGAAAUCAUGUAAAUGCUUUAAAGUCAGGAAUAAUCUUAAUACUAUAGGUUUGGAACAGUUAUAGUUUGGGCAGGUAAAACUCCAGUGUUCAUCUUUUUUUACUGUUUAACCUACUCUCCAAAUGCAGAAUGUGGAAAUAUUGUAAGUGUUUGUAGAAAAUAAUUUAUGCAUUUUAUGUAUUGGAUGCAGUGCCAUUUUUUAAAAAAAAAGAUUUGAUGUGUUAAUUUUACGAGGACUAUGAUAAUCAUGCUGAAGUACAGUAGUUAAAAUGCUUGGUACUUUAAUAGGUUUUUCUGUGAAAUAUGCUUAUGAAAAUGUGUUGUACAUGUGUUGAUGUUUACAGUGAACAUCACGAUCUGUUAUUUUCUUAAGCAAGGUUAUUGUUCAAAGUCUGCUUUAAUCCAUUCAUGAUCCCGUCCCACUUUGCAAUUUUUGUAAACCUUUUACAGUAAAUUAAUUUUUAAAAAUUUUCUGUGUGAGCUUGUUUGGCACUGGAUUGACACCUGCUGUAAUUUUGUAGUCUGUAGUCCUGUAAUCUGUAGGAAUAAUCUGUAUUCUUGUCAAAUCAUAGGAUAUGGUAUUAGAAUUUUGUCAGUGAUCUGAAAAAUUAGUUGCAGCUGACCGAGUGCUGACGUCUUACCCUUUGUCACUACAGUGGGUAAUCACUUGUCACUACAGUGGGUAAUCACUUGUCACUACAGGGGAUAAUGAUUUGCCACUACACUGGGUAAUGACUUGAUUGCUAGUAUGGAGGAGCAUUUGAGUUUUUAAGUGUUUGCAUGACUUGUUGCAGAUGGUGUUAAUCCCUUGUAAUGCAAUGCAAUAAGAUCGUUUACCCCCACUUUUGUUUUAUUUAUCUCCAAGGGAUGGAGUGAUAAUGGAAGAGCAAUCUGAAACUGCAUUAUUAUCGCUAUAUUGUGUUCCAAACUGAAAAAUAGUGUAUCCCUUUGAUAAUAAUAAUAUAUUCAGUUUUUAAUGGAAAUUUCUGAUUACAAAAAUUAAUAGUAAGAAUCAUAAUUUUAAUGUAAAUUAAACAUUUUUUGGAUAUACAUGUUUUAUUGGUGGCUCUCUCAAUAAUUAUUGUACAUGUAAAAAAGGCACAUUUGUUGCACUGUGACUUGCGGUACAUUGCCAAAAUGGGGCGGAGUUAAUUUUUUCUCAUUUUUACAUUCCACAAGUCUGUGACUUUUGAUUGAAAUGAAAGUGUAUUUGGUAAAAUAUUUUGCCAUUUUUGCAUCAAGACCCCAGAAAGUUAAGAGUCAUAUCAGAGGACAGUAUUCUUCCUCACCCCGUCUUGAAAAGGGAAGCAUUGUAUAUUCCAGCCUCAAAAAUUCACUUCUGACCAACCUCUUUUCCAGCAUCUGAGUACACAUUACAGUACAGUAUAGUACAAAGUACAGUACAUAUUACAGUACAGUAAAUACUCUUUCCCAGACCUCAAUUUAACAAACAGCAGAACUAAGACAGAAUGCUCUGGGAAAAUUGUAUUUUCAACUUGAUUCACAGAAUUAGAUCUGUCCUUUCCUUCCCUGGAUCAAACCUAGAUGCCUUCCAUUUCCCAAGGAGGAUAUGACCCAUACAGAUUGUGCUCCCCAUGAAUGUAAUAAUAGUGUAAUAACUAUUUACAACUUAGUGUUAAUUGUAUGCUGCUGUAUUAUGUACACAGUUUUGUGUAUUUCUCUAUUAGUUUAUUAAACUGAUGCUUCAGUGCUUAAUUUGA